AUGUCAAAGACAGGCCGACCUUCUGAGGGUCCUCAUGGUCCUCCCUCAGAACGCCCCCACAGGAGUAGCUCCCUGGCGUCAAGAACUUCAGCUCGCUCUAAUCGCCACCACGAAGAUGGUUUGAACAUAGGAAAAGGCUCCGGCAAGAACAGGACAACGAGAUUUAGUAUGUUCUCUCAGGCCUUUCAGCGCACCAGCAGCAUCAUUUUGCGCAAACCUAUUACCAAGGAGCAGGCCUUUAUUGUUAACCUUGGGAACCAACCACAGUCUUUCGGCAGGGAAUCUCUUGAUCCCAUCAAGGACAAGCUGGAAUCAAGUCACUACGAUGGACCUCAAUUGCCCAAGAUCCUAGGCCUGCAACCAGACCAAUCUGUCACAAAGCCCGCCAUCACUCCAAACCCAUUGCCUUGUGAUAGAGAAGACCAGCAGACUGUCUACACGGCUAUAUUCAAUUCUGACAUGGACGUCAUUGUUGAAAAUCAGAGUCCUCUAUUCGAGACCUCUAGCAAAGUCGCUCCUGUUUCCCAACCUCACCGAACUCCAGCCACAAUAACGUCUGAAGUUGAGAGCAGGCUCGAAUGGAAGAGCGAAUGUGAAAGCCUUCGUGAAGAACAACGGAAAACCAUCAGUGGCCUAGAGGACGAAAACGAGGCUCUACGCCAGGAUAUUACCUUGUGGAAGAACCGGGCCAUCACUGCCGCCAGCAAGAAUGUGAAUGUUCCGAUUCAUAUGCCGCUUAGUCUACCAGAGAGCGAACUCCUCAAAGCCUGGAAAAACCUUGCAUUUGAGGUGAAGAACUUUGUCGUUGACCACUUUGAGAGAGUGAGCUCAAAUAAGCGUGCGAGUUGGGUAAAGGAACAUGGAGAAUUCCUCCGAGAAAUAACUCCAACCUAUCAACAGGCUACGAAACGGGACCAGUCAUUCCUUGCUAUGAUAGAGGCUGCCAUCUGGUAUUCUCUCUGCAGACUUGUGUUUGUGGGUUAUAGGGACCAUAGUCCUAUGCGCUGGGCUGGUGACUAUGAGAAAGCCUUGACAAGUUUCGUUGAUGGACUUCAUGGUGGGCACACAAAGGAGAAUAAUAAACAGUUCAUCGCUCUCUUUGACCAAUGGAGUGCUCUAACAGCUAAUCUGAUCGCAAUAACUCAAUCUCCUGAUCAUUGCGGUCGACAAGUCGAUCUUGUAGUCAAGAAGCUUGAAGAGCUAUUCGUAUCCUGCCGCCCCAGAAUUGCGAGGUCUGACAUAUAUCGACGGGAGUUGCGAGAGCUCAUUCAUAAAGUUGUCGAUAUAGAUUUCAGGAUCUCUGGUCAGACCACUCGGUAUCUCAUUGACUGGCCCCAUUCUCGACGAUAUGACGUAGCAUUCGAUGAGACUAAGAUGCAGCAAGACCCUCGGAGUCCAUCCUCUUCUAGGAAGGAUAAUGAGAUCUUCCAUGACGAAGAUGACGGCACCAUCGAAGACAUCAACAUCGUGCCCACGGCAGACCUCCCUACCAAACUCGCGGAGAACGUUGCCUAUUGCCCCGGAGGCAUUCGAGGAGUCAUUCAGUCUCCCUUUGUCUUUGGCGCUGCCUUUUUAGCCUCUCUUGGCGGGUUCUCCUUUGGUUAUGACCAGGGAGUUAUUUCUAUAAUCAAUGUCAUGCCUCAAUUUCAUGAUGUCUUUCCUAGGGCUGCGUCCGGCUUUGGAAAGGGUUUUAUGACUGGCAUGCUUGAGUUUGGUGCUUUCUUGGGCUGUUUCUUUAUGCCCUGGAUGGCUGAUAAAAUCUCUCGAAAGAGGGCUUUGGCUGUUGUUGUAGUUAUUUUUAACAUUGGUGCUAUCCUCCAAACUGCCGCUGUCAACUAUGAGAUGCUUGUUCUCGGACGUACAAUUGGCGGAAUUGGAGUCGGUACUCUUGCAUUGGGUGCCCCUCUCUACAUUUCCGAGAUCUCGCCCCCUAAUCUACGAGGUACUCUUCUAGUUCUCGAAUCUAUUUCUAUUUGCGCUGGCGUCGUUGUGUCUUUUUAUAUCACAUAUGGAACUCGUCAUUUAGAUGGCGAAAUCGCAUUCCGUCUACCCCUGGGUCUCCAGAUGGUUUCUGCUACAAUCGUCGGAGUCGGUAUUCUCUUCUUCCCUUACUCACCCCGAUGGCUUGCUCUUGUUGGCCGCACCGACGACGCUCUCAGCAACCUCUCUCGCAUGCGUCGCCUUCCUCCUGAUGAUUCUCGCGUCCGCACCGAGUACCAGGGCAUCAUCGCUGAGGCUCAGUUUCAAAAGACUGUUCUUGAGCGCCGUCACCCUGGAAAGCACGGAAUUAAGCUCGAAAUCCUUACCUGGCUAGACCUCUUCAGCCCUAAGACAUGGAGACGAACUGCUGUUGGUUGCGGCAUACUUUUCUUCCAGCAGUUCAGUGGAAUCAACGCUUUCAUCUACUAUGCCCCGACCCUUUUCAAGUCACUUGGCCAGUCUGAGGAGAUGUCUCUUACCAUGUCUGGAAUUUUUAAUGUUCUUCAGUUGGUAGCCGUCGGUAUCUGUUUCUUUAUUAUCGAUCGUGUAGGACGCCGUCCUCUGGCUAUCUUUGGUGGUGUUGGAGGCGCUGUCUCUUGGGGUAUUAUGGCUAUUCUUGUUGGGAUCUUCUCUCAUGACUGGAAGGCCAAUGCAGACGCUGGUUGGGCUUGUGUUGCCAUGGCGUUUGUCUUUAUCCUCUGCUACGGAGUUUCGUACUCCCCCCUUGGUUGGUGUCUACCCUCUGAGGUCUUCCCUAGUGCUACCCGAUCUAAGGGUGUCGCUUUGUCGACUGCAACCUGCUGGAUUUGUAAUUUUAUUGUUGGCGUCAUCACUCCUCCUAUGCUUGAGUCGAUCGGUUUUGGUAUAUAUGUCUUCUAUGGAUCUUGGUGCGCUAUCGCAGCUAUCUGGGCCUACUUCCUCGUCCCUGAGACCAAGGGCAGGUCCCUUGAGGAGAUGGAUCAAGUAUUCGGUGACAACAGUGGUCAAGAAGAGAAGGAAAUCAUGAAGGCUACUGCUGCACAGGCUAGGAGUGCAGGUAUUCCUGUCCACAACGUUUAA